AGAUAUUAAAUAUUAUAUAUAAUUAUACUUGAAAGUAGUACUCGGCAGCAUAUCUCCCACGCUUCGACUUUUGUCUGCAAAAAAUGGAAGAUCAAGAUCAACCACAAGAGGGAGCUAAUGUGAACAUUACAGGGGCACACAUCGAUGAACUGCAUGCAGGACAUGUAAAUCAGAUUGUUGCUCAGGCAGAAGUAGUUCAAGCUCAAGCAGAAGUGAUUCAUGUAGACAACGUGAACCUUCACAUGCAUUUUGGAGAUAAUGCAGCACCACCUGCAGCAGCACCAGCUGAACUACAACAUGAUGCGCCUGCACCACAACAUCAAGUGCAGGAUGAUGCACCAUCUCCCGAACCAAAAAUGAAGAAAAAGGGGUAUUCCUCUUCAUCAGGUUUGUCAACGCAUAUACAAAGCAAAAAGCAACGCACCAGAAAUUUAAAAAUAAGCAAUGAAGAUGUGCUUGUGGCAGGUUCUGCAACAUAUUUGCAAGCAGAGCAAGAUGCCAAUGUUGAUAUUGCUUCAUCAAACAUUCACAUGACUGCAGAUGAAGCAACUAUAACUAAAGGGCAAGGAGCAACAACAAAUGUUUAUGGCAACGUUAACAUCUACAGAGGAAAAGAACCUAAAGAUGCAGCCCCUUCACAGCCUUCCACGUCAUCAGUCCCAACUGGAACUCCUGUUCAACCAUUGUCAGAUACAGGCACAGCAAUUGCUCCUGUGUAUAAAGGCAUUUCACCAGCAAAAGGCUUCUUCCAGCAAGUUACAGAGAAACUUUUUGGAGGUGUGAGAAGCUUCAUUGAUUAUUUCAAUUGGAGAACAUGGAAGCAAACAACAGUCAAUGUUACAGAAAGCUACAAAGAGCAAAACUUGGAAGAACCUGAAUUUGAGGUCAAUCCCAAGUUAAACAAAGUGACUGGUUUUUACAGGGGACAGAUGGCACCUGAUGUCACAGAGUACAGGAAGGAAAAAGAGUUCGCUGUCACAGAAGCGAAUGAAAAUAUUGUCGAAGUGAUCUCACCAAAUGAACUAGUCCAACAGCUGUGUGAGGAAGGUUGCCGAUGCGUAGGACUAGUGGGUCAAGCUGGAGGGGGCAAGACGACAAUGAUGAAGCGUACUGCACGAGGCGUUCUCGUCGCUAAUGAACUGGAUAACGAAUCUAAAGCAAAACUGGGAUUGUUUGCUCGGUUGUUCAAGAAACAGAAAAAUGGAUUCAAAUUUGUUCAUCACUUGAAUUUCAGAGACCUUCUUGUUUCUUAUGGUUUAACUCCAGAAGAAGCUUUAACUCCAUGUACUCUGCUUUUCGGAAACUUUGCACCCAAUCUAUCAGGUCAAACUUUAAGAGCGGGAUAUGAAUGGCUUCAGAAACACCAAUCAGAGGCAAUUUUCUUCAUUGAUGGCCUGGAUCAGGCUAUAUGGAAUCUAGAGGGAAAUUACAAUAAGAUGACAUAUACUGAUAGAUCUAGUACAGCCACAAUCAUGUUUAAUAUCUUAUCAGGCAACUUGUUCCCCAUGUAACAUUGGUUAUUUCUUCACGUGAACACAGGAUGGCA